AACCGUGGGUACCGAUGGAUGUGGCCGAGAGUCCUGAACGGGAUCCUCGCUCCCCAGAGGACGAAGAGGAGCAACCAGCACUCUCGGAUGAUGACAUUCUGAGGGAAAGCGGGUCUGAUCAGGAUUUGGACGGAGCUGUGGGGAGGGCUUCUGAUUUAGAGGAUGAGGAACAUGCAGCCCCAGUACUGGGCCAGGAGGAGGAGAACCGCUCUGAUGAAGAGGACAGAGCCAGUGAGCCCAAGUCCCAGGAUCAGGACUCUGAGGCUCGCGAGCUAAGCAGGGGCCAGACAGGCUCCCCAUGUGAAGAGGAGGGGGACAAUGGCGAGGAAGACCAGACAAGUGACCUCAGAGACGAAGCUUCCUCUGUGACCAGGGAGCUGGACGAGCAUGAACUGGACUAUGACGAGGAGGUCCCUGAGGAGUCGGCCCCCGCUGUCCAGGAGGAUGAGGCCGAGAAGGCAGGCGCUGAGGAUGAUGAGGAGAAGGGGGAUAACGUUCCUGCCCAGGAGGGGAAGCCCACCGUCCAAAGUACAGGAGAAAAAGAACCCUUGGAAGCUGCCAAGGAGAAAAAAAAAGAGGAUGAUGAUGGAGAAAUCGAUGAUGGAGAGAUAGACGAUGAUGACUUAGAAGAAGGCGAAGUGAAGGACCCCAGUGACCGGAAGGUGAGGCCUCGCCCCACCUGCCGAUUCUUCAUGAAAGAUGUUGUGACACCAUUAUCCACUCCUCUUCCACCAAUACCAAAUUCCAUACCACUCAGAGACCAGGUUAAAGGGAACUGUACCUGGGGGAUGAAUUGUAGGUUCAUACACCCCGGAGUGAACGACAAGGGGAACUACUCCCUCAUCACCAAAGCUGAGCCCUUCCCACCCAACGGUGCCCCGCCACUCGGACCUCACCCCCUGAUGCCUGCCAACCCGUGGGGUGGGCCAGUAGUGGAUGAAAUUUUGCCUCCACCCCCUCCUGAGCCUCCAACAGAGAGUGCUUGGGAACGUGGACUCCGGCACGCAAAGGAGGUUUUAAAAAAAGCCACCAUUCGUAAAGAACAGGAACCUGAUUUUGAAGAGAAGAGAUUCACAGUGACCAUAGGUGAAGACGAGCGAGAGUUUGACAAAGAAAAUGAAGUUUUCCGGGAUUGGAAUUCUCGGGUCCCAAGAGAUACCAGAGAUACAGCACUUGAGCCUUAUGCGGAUCCUUACUAUGACUAUGAAAUAGAACGGUUUUGGCGUGGUGGACAGUACGAGAAUUUCAGGGUGCAAUACACAGAUGCAGAGCCGUAUCAUAAUUACCGAGAAAGGGAGAGAGACCGAGAGCGCGAGAACAGACAGCGGGAACGGGAGCGCGAGCGGGAGCGGGACCGGGAGCGUGAGCGGAGGCAGCGGGAGCGAGAGCGGGAGCGCGAGCGUGAGCGCGACAAGGAGCGGCAGCGGAGGAAGGAGGAGUGGGAGAGAGAGCGAGCCAAGCGUGAUGAGAAGGACAGACAGCACCGAGAGCGGGACAGGGACAAGGAGCGGGAGAAGGACAAGGACAAGCCAAAGCCCCGGUCCCCGCAGCCACCAAGCCGCCAAGCUGAGCCACCGAAGAAGGAGGCCACUGCGGGGCCACAGGUGAAGCGGGCUGAUGAGUGGAAGGAUCCGUGGCGCCGAUCCAAGUCUCCCAGGAAGAAACUUGGAAUGUCAGUCUCUCCCAGCCGGGCACGAAGGCGUCGAAAAACUUCUGCCUCCUCUGCCUCCGCCUCCAAUUCCUCCAGGUCGUCCUCACGGUCCUCAUCCUACUCGGGCUCCGGCUCAUCGCGGUCAAGGUCGCGGUCCUCGUCCUACAGCUCUUAUUCCAGCCGCUCUUCCAGGCACAGCUCCUUCUCAGGCAGCCGGUCCAGGUCCCGGUCCUUCUCCUCAUCCCCGUCGCAGUCCCCCACGCCCUCCCCGCACAGACCUUCCGCCAGAGCCAAGGGGGAGCUGGCGCCACCCGCAGGGAGAGCAGGAGAGAAGUCCUUAAAGAAACCAGCCCCACCUCCAGCACCCCCGCAGGCCACCAAGGCUGCUGCCCCUGCCCCUGAGCCCACCAAGCCUGGAGACCCCCGGGAAGCCAGGAGGAAGGAGCGGCAAACCAGGACGCCCCCCAGGAGGCGCGCACUCAGCGGCAGCGGCAGCGGCAGCGGCAGCAGCUACAGCGGCUCCAGCUCCCAGUCCAGGUCCCUGAGUGUGAGCAGUGUCUCCUCGGUGUCCAGCGCCACGUCGAGCAGCAGCUCAGUGCACAGUGUGGACUCAGAAGACAUGUAUGCGGACCUGGCCAGCCCCGUGUCCUCAGCCAGCUCUCGGUCCCCCGCCCCCGCCCAGACCAAGAAGGAGCGAGGAAAAUCUAAGAAAGAAGAUGGGGUUAAGGAGGAAAAACGGAAAAGGGACACGUCCACGCAGCCACCCAAGUCCUCGAAGCUCGCGGCCGGGGGGAAGCCCUCGCAGCAGCCCUCAGCCCCGGCUCCCACGCCCCCUGGGCAGCCUCCACAGGGCUCCUUCGUGGCCCACAAAGAGAUCAAGCUGACGCUGCUGAACAAGGCAGCUGACAAAGGAAGCAGGAAGCGGUAUGAGCCCGUGGACAAGGACCGGCAGAGCCCCCCAGCCAAGCGGGCCACCCUGUCCCCAGACCGAGGUUCCCGGGACCGGAAGUCAGGCGGGAGACUGGGCUCCCCGAAGCCAGAGAGGCAGAGGGGCCAGAACUCCAAGGCCCCGGUGGCCCCGACAGACAGGAAGCGCCAGCUGUCGCCGCAGUCCAAGAGCUCCAGCAAAGUGACCAGUGUGCCCGGCAAAGCCGCGGACAGUGCAGCUGCAGGCACCAAGGCUGGAAAGGCCAGCACGCUGUCACGGCGGGAGGAGCUCCUGAAGCAGCUCAAGGCCGUGGAGGACGCCAUCGCCCGCAAGCGGGCCAAGAUCCCCGGCAAGGUGUAGCGGACUCUUGCGCGUUUUUAUAAUAGGGUAAGCGCAGCCAUUUUGGAUUUUGCAGUUAAUGUCUUAUUUUGGCUGUGAUUCUUUUUAAAAAUUAAAAAAGAAAAAAAAAAGUUUCUCAGCUGGAAAAGAAGCUACACAGGAAAUGAAGACGAUGCUGAAUCCCAGCUUCCUGAGACUGAACCGGUGCUCCCAGAGCCAGAGUCCCGCCAGGCAGCCGGAGGGUUCUGUGUCACCCAGCGCCCCGAGGCGAGCACACACUCGGGAACUGCUGCGGCCACCUGCUGGCUGCUGGGCAGUGUCUACACUGCAUUCUCACCUACAGUCUGAUUGGGAACUUCUUCCUUUUAUUUGAAGCAUAAAUUGUUUUAGUUGAUUUAAAAAGGAAAAGAAUACAGAAAAGACCAAAAAAAGGCCGAGGGUAUUGUUGGGGCAUCUAAUGUGGAGGGUCUUUUUUUUGAGGGAUCUCCUAAAAUAAAAUAUUUUGAUAAGCAA